AUGUCUACACUCAACCUCAACCAAGCGUACACAUACCUCGUCGAAGCUGGUCUCUUCCAGCAUACUGGUAGGGGUGGCGCAAAAACAAACACGGUACCAGUGGGUAUACAAAACGGCAGCAAGCUUGAAGCCGGGCCACUUGGCAACCUCAAGUCUGCAGUGAGUGAGCAGGUACAAAGGAUUAACGACCCUGGAACCUUGAGCUUGCCAGCUCUAGAGGUCAGAGGUGGGUUGAAUGCGGCGGAUGUUCUAAAGAAAGCUGUGGAGGUAGCAGCGAUCCUGAAAGUCGAGGGCGCUGAAGAGGCUUCGAAAAAACUGAUUACCAUAAUUAACGGCACUGACAACAACCCCACUGACAACAACCCCACUGACAACGACCGCACUAACAACGACCGCACUGACAACAGCGGCUCUGGCAACAACGACUCUGAUGACAGCUCUGGCAAGACUGACAGAGCUCCAUCCGAUAGUAUAGUGGACUUGGAAAACAGGUCAGCCAAAUACACCUGGGACAGGCAUGGAUUACAAUACGUGACCACCAUCGAAGACGGUGACGAAGUCACCCUACUAGUCGAGGAAAAGACUGCGCGAAAGUCGGUUCGGUCAAAAGAUGAGACAGUGAGCUACUAUCACGUCGAGAUCAAGGACCGGAAAACCGGGAAAUACCAACGCCAAAUAAAAUCCGCUGCGGACGUAGAGCCGCUGUUGGAUGAUUGGAACAAAUUAGAGAGAAAAAUGGUGAUCCAUGCUGGGUCGAAGAAGGAGAAGUUUACCAGAAAGUCAACUGGGGGAGUGAAGAAGUUCCAUUGGUUUGCUUGUCGUCGCCUGCAGAGAGGUAAUAAAGAUUCAAUGGCGCGUGACGCUAAUACGAAAUGCUGCGUCGAGUUCAACCUCAUAAAAGGGAUAAAAGUUCUUCUCCUUAACGAUCUGAGACAUUUAUCUGGGGAAACGAAGGUCAACGACUGGGUGAAGAAAACUGGAGGCAGGGACCGUCAACGACUACCAAUGGAAGAGGAGCCCAGGAAAUACGAAGAAGUGAAUCUGGCCUAUGAUUCCGACCAGGGGCAACGCGGGCGAAAGGGGAAGACCUGGCGUCAAAUCCAAAAGGAGUCUUAUGCACGACGGGGUAUUCCCCUCGGUGAGGAAGCCGCACCAAUCCAGGGGGAGAUAGAGAGCCGAGUCCAAAGAGUGGAGCAGCGCAUUGACGGUCUUGCGAAAGACUUCGGGGAUUAUAAGGGGAUCUUGGAAUCUCUUGUUAAAACUAUUGAAAGCACCAAUACGAAGCUCGAAAAAAUCGGUGAAGAUAGACAGGAAACGAAAAACGCAAUAAAGUCACUGGCCGAGCGAAUCGACGAAAUUUCAAGAGCACACGCGGUGAUAGCGCCAUUUCUGUCUAAUCUGUUUCAUAAGGUAGUGUAUCUGCUUGCACUUUAUGAAGUGGUCUGA